GUUAGAAAGAAGAGAAGAAAAGGAAUGGGUUUGGUGAAGUGUUUAAAUGAGACGAGGGCGCCGUAACUCACGCCAGAGUCCAGACUGUGGGAGAGGACGGGACGAGAUGAGAAGUCAAACAUUGAAUGCCGACGCUUCCCCACCUCAAUCCAUAUGCCCAGUUCUUCAGGUCAUUUAAGGAGUUCCCAAGAUAACAGAUGCCCAGUUCUGCAGAUGCUCAUCUCUGUUGUGCUCUCAUUUUUAACUCUUUCUGAAGGGAUAUUUGUUACUGGGUCGAUAAUAGAAUAAGAGGAAAGAGAAGGGUUCUCAAUAUAUUUCCAGAAGUGACUCAAGUGAGUGAGUACUAUAGCAGGUAUGGCACAUGAGGAGACAAGUUCAGCUACCGGACCAGCUCGUCGGGUUGUUCUUAUCUCUGCCGGUGCUAGUCACUCUGUUGCUCUUCUCACUGGCUAUGUUGUUUGCUCUUGGGGACGAGGAGAAGAUGGACAGUUAGGCCAUGGAGAUGCUGAAGAUCGACUUUCCCCCACACAAAUGAGUGCAUUAGAUGGCCAUGAAAUUGUCUCAGUUACAUGUGGAGCUGAUCAUACAACUGCAUACUCAGAAGCUCAGAUGCAAGUGUAUAGUUGGGGAUGGGGUGAUUUUGGAAGAUUGGGUCAUGGUAACUCCAGUGACGUGUUUACUCCUCAACCAAUCAAAGCUCUACAUGGUUUGAGGAUAAAGCAAAUUGCUUGUGGGGAUAGCCAUUGCUUGGCAGUCACUAUGGAAGGCGAGGUCCAGAGUUGGGGGAGAAAUCAAAAUGGCCAACUUGGUCUUGGUCAUACUGAGGACUCACUUGUGCCGCAAAAAAUUCAAGCCUUCCAGGGACAGAAAAUGGUUCUGGUUGCAUGUGGAUGGCGGCAUACAAUAUCUGUUUCCUCUUCUGGCGGUAUAUAUACCUAUGGCUGGAGCAAAUAUGGACAGCUAGGACAUGGCAACUUUGAGGAUCACCUUAUUCCUCAACAGUUGGAAGCUCUGCGUGAUAUUUCUCAGAUAUCUGGUGGUUGGCGCCACACCAUGGCAGUGACAUCUGAUGGAAGACUUUAUGGCUGGGGAUGGAAUAAGUUUGGACAGGUUGGUGUUGGUGAUAACGUUGACCACUGCUCUCCAGUGCAAGUGAAAUUUCCACAGGAACAGAAAGUAGUGCAAAUCUCUUGUGGAUGGAGGCACACACUUGCUGUGACAGAAAAAGAGAACGUUUUUUCUUGGGGUAGGGGUACAAAUGGACAACUUGGGCAUGGCGAUUCUAUUGACGGAAAUAUUCCAAAGAUUAUAGAGACUUUGAGUGUUGAUGGAUCUAGUUGUCAACAGAUAGAAUCGUCAAGGGUUGAAUCAUUGUCAGGCAAGACUUGGGUUUCACCAUCAGAGAGAUAUGCAAUUGUUCCGGACGAAACAAUGCAGGGGCUUCCAAUCAAGGGCAGUGUUGCUGAUGUAAAUGUGCCUGAGAGUGAUGGCAAACGAAUGCGAAUCUAAAUCCUCGACUUCCCAGAACGUUCAGAGCCUUUGACUUAACGUGUUUUGAGCUCCCAGCGUUUCAUGAUGCUGUGUAUCUGCUGGAUGGCAAUACUGAUGUUCCACUAUAUCUACAUCACUGUAAAUCCAUAAACCACUACAGAACUGUAUGUUUAUUCCUUGUACUGUUGUAUUUAAAAAGACCUGAGUCAGUUUUCUAAUCUGACUUUUGAGUGCUAUUUCUAGUUUUGUUGCA